GUGGACUUUUUAAAAUUGAAUUUCCCAAUAAGAGGUAAAUGUUAAUGAAAGGGAAAACACUAAAUCUUUAAUUUAGAUUUAUCAUUUAUAACUUUGUAUAUUGAGUUUGCUCAUACAUGAGCAUACCUGCUCUGACACUUGAACUGCUCAUCUUUGUGAAAAAGAAAAGGACGUUAUGUUCGUGCAAUUUGCAGAGCUCAGUAUUAAGCUGCAAGUAUGACACUGUAGCUUCUCUCUGUUGCUAUGGGCAAGUUACUUGAAUGACUUAACAGAUUCUUAAACUGAACAGAAAUUGCUUCCCACUCAGUUAUAAUUUUACCAUGCAGAGGCUAGAAAUUGGGAAUAAAUAAUGAAGGAGGUCAUCCAGGUUCACAUUUAAUGCUCUGUGUGGAAUGUAGCUGUUGGAGAGGGGAAACAUAGCCUAGUGGUAGAGAGAUCUUUCUUCACGAUCUGAAAGAAAUUUUGGCAGCUCUGACUUUACUUUCAUGAAAGUAAAGGGGAAAGAAAAACCUGUAUGAAGGAACAAAUACGGUUGCUAAAAUUGUGCUUUUAAGGUUGUACCUUACAGAAAGAAGUAAACAAUCUCCAAUUUUAAAAAAAGCAUAGAAUGUGGACUAUAGGUUGAUUAGGAAUGUGGCAUUAUUUGCCAUAUAACAUUAUUGAGGUAAAGAUUGAAGAAAUGGAAGGCAUAAGAAAUGUUUUUCCUCAAAACACCUUUUAUGUAAUCCAUAGCUUGAUUUAUUGACAAGAGGUUUGGUGGAUUAAAGAUGGUCACCAUUUCUUUGUAAUGCUUUCCUUUAAGAAGUAGAGUUUAUUUUCCCUCUCCUGAAUCUAAUCUCAUCCUGUGACUGCUUAAGUAAUAGAUAAUGGCAGGAGUGACACCGUGCCGGUUCUAGGCUUAGCCUUUUAGAGCACUGACUGGCAGCUUUUGCUUCUGUCCUCUGGGAACACUCACUCCUCACACUCUCCUUCUAGAGCCCAGCUGCCAUCCGUGAAAAGCCCAGGCCACCUGAGGGUCCAUGUGAGGUGCUGUGGUCAACAUGCCCAGCUGAGCUCCCAGCCUUCAGCCAGCAUCAACCAACAGCCAUAACUUCUCCAGGGGAGUUUUAGCAACUCAGAAGACUGCUUUCAGACCUGAUCCCUUUUCUAGAACUAAAUUUACAUCCCACUGGGUCCUAGACAAAAAGUGUGUGAAAAAUCUGACCUGUACACACCUUUACUCCGCUGUCUCCGUUUCCUUGUAUGUUUCUCCGGGAACUUUAUAUACAUGGGAUUCCAUGGUAAACAUCUAAGACUGGAAUUUCUGGAUAUUAUGCAUUUUUUUGAAGACCCUGAAGGAAAGAUUGAAUUACCACCAUCAUUGAAAAUUUAUUCCUGGAAACGUCCACAGGAUUUUUUAAUUAAUCAGGCUCCAGUGGUUGUGAAAAACGAAAUCCUGUUUGACUUGUUUUCAGCAAAUGAGCAUUUACUCUGCAGUGAGCUGAUGAGAUGGAUUAUCAGCGAAAUCUACGCCAUGUGGAAGAUAUUCAAUGGGGGUGCUUUGAACAAUUAUUUUAAAGGGACUGCAGGGGAACCUCCUCUUCUGGUCUGGAAGCCCUGGGAACACAUUUACUCUCUGUGCAAGGCUGUGAAGGGUCACAUUCCCUUGUUCAAUAGCUAUGGAAAGUAUGUUGUGAAACUUUACUGGAUGGGUUGCUGGAGAAAGAUAACUAUUGAUGACUUUCUGCCUUUUGAUGAAGAAAACAAUCUAUUGCUUCCAGCUACAACCUACAAAUUUGAACUUUGGCCAAUGCUUUUGUCUAAAGCUAUCAUUAAGCUGGCAAAUGUGGACAUCCAUGUAGCAGAGAGGAGAGAACUGGGAGAGUUCACAGUGAUUCACGCACUCACAGGAUGGUUACCAGAAGUCAUUUCUCUCCACCCAGGAUAUAUGGACAAAGUUUGGGAGCUCUUGAGAGAAAUAUUGCCCGAGUUUAAGCUAUCAGAUGAGUCCAGCUCUGAAAGCAAAAUAACAGACAUAGAUGCCAAAUUAAAAGAACAAGGGAAAGACAUGAAGGAUGGGAAAGAAGUGAAAGAUGGCAAAGAAAUGAAAGAUGGCAAGGAAUUCAAACCUGAAGGUUCAGCAACAACACUAAAAUUACCUGAGAAAAGUGACAGAGUUUUAAAGGCCAACGCAAAAGACCUUGGAAAGAAGAGGAGUAAAGAUGGAGAGAAGGAAAAAGAAAAGGAAAAAUUCAAAUGGUCUCUUCAUGGUUCAAGGCCCUCAUCAGACGUACAAUAUUCUCUACAGUCUUUGUCAGAUUGUUCUUCAGCAAUACAGUCCCCUCAGAUGGUUGUAUAUGCUACCUUUACACCUCUCUAUUUGUUUGAAAAGAAGAUCUUUUUAUUAGAGAAGAUGGCUAAUUCUGCUGAGAAGCUUAGGGAAUAUGGGCUUUCCCACAUCUGUAGCCAUCCGGUACUGCUGACAAGAACUAGGUCUUGCCCCCUUAUAGCACCACCAAAAGUACCUCCUAUACCUCCGUGGAAACUCCUUCGUCAAAAACAAGAAACUGUUAUAACAGAUGAAGCUCAAGAAUUAGUAAUAAAGAAGCCUGACCAGUUUCUUGAGAUUUCAAGUCCAUUUUUGAAUUAUAGAAUGACUCCAUUUACAAUUCCAACAGAAACUCAUUUUGUACGAUCUUUGAUUAAGAAAGGGGUGCUUCCAGGAUCCGGUUUAUCUUCCCUUACUGAAAAUGAUGAAACUACAACCUUUAGCCAGACAGACUUAAAUCAAUUGACAAGAAAUAUGUCUCAGGGUAAUGCUGCUUCAAAAGCUAUACUCAGAAAAGAUGAACUACCAGACUAUGGAUUGAAUGAUGCAGCCCAUCCAGCUGAAGGAAUCAGUCUGGAAAGAGAUUUGGUCAGCCAGACAACAGCAACACAGGAAAAAUCGAAGGAGGAACUUGCAACAGUAAAUAAUGGUGUUUCUAAAGAAAUAUGGUUAGAUUUUGAAGACUUCUGUGUAUGCUUUCAGAAUAUAUAUAUUUUCCACAAGCCAAGUUCAUAUUGCCAUAACUUUCAAAAAUCAGAAUUCAAGUUCUCAGAUGAACGUGUGUCCUACUAUCUAUUUGUGGACAGUCUAAAGCCCAUUGAACUACUGAUUUGCUUUUCUGCAUUGGUACGCUGGGGAGAAUCUGGAGCUUUAACAAAGAACAGCCCUCCCAUACAGCCUGGACUACUUACAGUUGAGACAGUUUCUUGGAAAUCUCUGAGGCCACGUGAUCUUGUUGUAACAAUUCACACGUAUGCUACCAAGGCUACAGUGGUUCGCCUGCCUGUUGGGAGACACAUGCUGCUCUUCACCGCAUACUCCCCCGUGGGGCACUCCAUACACAUCUGCAGCAUGGUGACCUUUGUCGUCGGGGAUGAAGAUGUUGUGCUACCCAACUUUGAGCUGGAGAGCUACCGAUUUACAGAGCAGGCUUUAACAAUUUUGAAAGCUGUUGGACAUGGGAUUGCUAAUUUCGAAGAUAAGGCUAAACUUUCUGCAGCCCUGAAGGAUCUACAAACAGCUCACUACCCUAUUCCCCUCCAGGAUAAAAAACUAACUGCACAGCACUUCCGGGUUUUUCAUAUUUCUUUAUGGCAUUUAAUGAAAAAAGCUCAAAUAGCAAAACCUCUUCCCAACCUCAAAUUUGCAUUCCGUGCUAUGGUUUUGGACUUGGACUUACUUGAUUCUUCUUUGGAAGAGGCUUCUUUAGUGGAAUGGGUAGAUGUUAAAUAUAAUGUGCCAACAAGCGAUAAAGAGUAUUCUCCUGAGGAAGUAGCCGCAGCAAUUAAAAUUCAAGCCAUGUGGAGAGGGACGUACGUCAGAUUACUCAUGAAAGCUAGAACACCAGGCACAAAGGAAAAUACCAGUGUUGCAGAUACUCUUCAGAAAGUUUGGGCUGUACUGGAACAGAAUAUAGAACAGUAUGCGAUUUCUCUCUUAAGACUAAUGUUUAAAAGUAAGUGCAAGUCUAUGGAAUCUUAUCCAUGCCAUCAAGAUGAAGAAACUAAGAUUGCUUUUGCUGACUACACUGUGACUUAUGCAGACCAGCCACCAAAUACUUGGUUUAUAGUAUUCAGAGAAACAUUUUUGGUUCCUCAAGAUAUGACUUUGGUUCCCAAAGUAUAUACUACACUUCCAGUCUGUAGGCUCCACGUUGUUAAUAAUGACACAGUGGAACAAGUGCCAAAGGUAUUCCAAAAAGUGGUGCCUUAUCUUUAUACUAAGAAUAAGAAAGGAUAUACAUUCGUGGCUGAAGCAUAUACUGGUGAUGUGUAUGUAACAUCCUCACGAUGGAAAAUGCGCCUCAUUGGUUCUUAUCAUCCACUCCCAUGCCUGUCUCGAGUUCCUCCAUGUAAUACCUUUGCCAUAAAGGAAAUCAGAGAUUACUACAUACCCAAUGAUAAGAAAAUUGUAUUCAGGUAUUCAGUUAAAGUUGCAUUACCACAUCCUGUUACAAUACAGGUACGCAUGUCCAAACCAGAUGCAUUCAUCAAGCUACAGGUCCUAGAAAAUGAAGAAGUUAUCGUGAGCUCCACUGGGAAGGGCCAAGUUAUCAUUCCAGCAAUUAACCUCUUGGGGAAUGAGAAAGCCUUGAGCUCCCAGUCUAGCAAGCAAAUUCUUUCAACUCAUGCUUCAUUCAAGAAAGAGCAAGAAUUUUACGUUAAGAAGAAAUCUGCCCCAGGAGGUCAGAAAUCCUAUAAAAGACCUGGAAGUGCAAUAGUAGACACUGGUCAGCCUAUUUUGGAUGAGGAAACUAUCUCUAUACCCACUAUAGAAGAAAAUGCUAGCACACCACAGCAGGUAUACAAGUAUAUUAUACAGUGUUUGGUGUUGUAUAACAGUUGGCCUCUCACUGAAAGUCAACAGAUGUUUGUUCAAGCACUAAAAGACUUAGAGAAAAAUUAUAACAAAGCACAUGGAGAGAAACAUGAAGAAUUAAUUACCUUAGGAAGUCCAGAUUCCCACACUAUUAGUGAGGGACAAAAAUCUUUAGGAACUUCCAAAACAAUAAGAAAAGGCAAAGAAAAGUCUUCUGAGAAAGAAAAGAUAGCCAAAGAAAAACAAGCGCCUCGCUUUGAGCCUCAGAUAUCCAUUACUCACCCUCAACAAGAAGACCCAAAUAAACCCUACUGGAUUUUGAGGUUGGUCACUGAAUACAAUGAAGCAGACUUUUUUGAAGUGAAAAAAGAUACAGAACGAGCAGAUGAAAUCCGAGCCAUGAAGCAGGCCUGGGAGAUGGCUGAGCCAGGAAGAUCGAUCAAGGCUGCCCAGGCGCGUCUCCAUUAUCUCAGCCGGUUCAUUAAGAAAACACCUGAUGCUGAGUGCGUGCCUAUGUCUGAAAGCCAAACCAAAGAAGAGGAGGAAGGGCCUCGUUCACGAUCCCCAACAAUUUUGGAAAUGUCUCCCCAACUUAUUCGAAAAAAACUAGAAGGUGUAGACUUAAGUCAAUAUGUACGAAAAACAAAUACUGAUCCUCUGCUGCAAACGGAUGAGCUGAAUCAGCAGCAGGCAAUGCAAAAGGCAGAGGAGGUCCAUCAGUUUCGGCAGUAUAGGACCAGACUCCUUAGCAUUCGUGAUAUUGAGCAAGAAGAAAGGCUUAAAGUAAAGGAUCAAGUUCUGGAGAUGUACGGGGAGAUGCGGGACUCCUUAGAUGAAGCCCGGCAGAAGAUCUUCAAUAUCCGGGAAGAGUAUAGAAACAAGUUACUGGAAGCUGAGCGCCAUAGAUUGGAGUCUCAGGCUGCGGAGGAAGCCGCGAUCCGGCUAGAGCCAGAAAAGAAGGUCCCGGCUCCAGACACACAAAAAAAACAGAAAGGAAAGAAAAAGUGACCAGGAGAUGCCCAAUACUCCCUUUCCGCCAAAGAGGGAAAACCUACUUUUAAUUAUCUAUAACUUUGCCUUUUGAUGAAAAUAAGGUAUUAGGUCAAUUGAAAAUAGACCCACCUUAGAAGUAGUUUCUGUGUUUUGAUGUUAACUUAUUGGUUUUUCCCAGAGAGCUAUGAUUUGAGUAUAAAAUUUCAAUAAAAAUAGUCUCAAGGGGGCUUCCCUGGUGGCGCGGUGGUUGCGCGUCCGCCUGCCGAUGCAGGGGAACCGGGUUCGCGCCCCGGUCUGGGAGGAUCCCACGUGCCGCGG